AUGAUCGAUUAUGAUUAGCAAAAUUAAUAAACAAGUUGUGGUCAAUCUUAGGGGUUUUAAUAAAUAGUUAAACAAAACUAAGUGGAAUUAUCUAUAGGAAAUAAAUAAAUAGAAGAAGAUGCUGAAUAUCCUAAAGUACCUUAAUCAAGAAAUAAAGAAAGAUUAUUGUGUACUAAAUGCAAUUAAGUUGUCGAAACUGAUAUUUUAUUUGAAAUGGGUAGGUGUAGUUAUAUAAUUAUGAUAAUUUUAAUAGCAUUUAUCAUAACAGCUGCAUUAGCUAUCUUACCCUGUGUUUUAGAUGGAUGCAAAGAUGCACAACAUAGAUGUUCGAAAUGCACAAAACUUAUUGGAACAAAGCAAUUUUUAUGUGGAUGA